AUGGGACUUUUAAAAGCAGGAACUCCUCUCAAAUGGACCGAUGCGUUAUCACUCAUUGAUUAUGUAAAGGAACACGGAAUUAAACAAUUCAUCAUAAUUUACAACAAGGUAAAAGAUAGAACAGACAAGGAAUUGAAAUGGGGUGAUGAAAUUGAAUAUCUCUUGUUGGAAAAAGAUGCCGAGAACAAGAGAAUUUUCCUUUCUCUCCAUGCCAAACAAGUAUUGGAUGUACUCAUGAAAGAAGAAGAUGACUACAAUCAUCAAUUAUUACCAAAUGCUCCUUUAGCUAGUUGGAAGCCAGAGUAUGGCAGAUUUAUGCUUGAAGGAACUCCCUUCUUUCCAUAUGAAGGAUGCAUUUCGUGCUACUUGAAAUGCGAGGAAUCAAUGAAGAAAAGAAGAAUGAUUGCUCAAUCAACUGUUCCUAAAAUUUUGGAACAUAUCAAAUCUCCAAAAGUUACAAACUCUGUUGUUACCAUGUCUUUGUAUCCAUUAUUGGGAGCAACAAGGAAAAUUUUGAUGAAUGACAUGAAUACUAGCCCAUAUUCCCACAUUGCAGAUAUUUUACCAUUGUCACAAAACGAAGAAAAUGAGUUGUUGACAUUCAAUGGCCCAAUUGCAAGAUCUCCCUACAUACCUGAUAUUAUUACCAAUGAGCAUCCAAGAUUUGGAACUCUCACUAGAAAUAUUAGACUCAGAAGAGGAAAAAACGUGAACAUUCUCGUUCCAUUAUUUAUUGAUGAACACACUGAUGUUAAUAUUGGUAAAAGAGUUCACCAUUUAGACGAAGACUCAAGUUACUAUCCAAACAUUGAUGAAUUAAUCAAGCAAAAAAAGGAACAAAUGAUGAUUUCAUCUUCUGCUACUAGAUUGGUUACAGAGUUUGAGCAUUUCAUCCACAUGGAUGCAAUGGCUUUUGGAAUGGGCUGCUGUUGCAUGCAAAGUACAUUGUUGGCACGAGACAUUCAUGAAGCAAGAAACCUCUACGACCAGUUGGCUGUUUUAUGUCCAAUCAUGUUAGCUCUCACAGCUGCAACACCUUUAGCACGUGGCCUUUUGGCAGAAACAGAUGUCCGAUGGAAUAUAGUAAGUGCAAGCGUAGAUGAUAGAAGAGAUGAUGAAACCAAGCAUAUCACAAAGAGCAGAUAUGAUUCCAUUAGCUUGUACAUUGGAGAAAAUGCACAAGCAAAACAAUUUAGCGAUCUUAACAUUGAAGUGGAUGAAAAGUCUUACAACACUCUCCGUGAAAGUAACAUUGAUGAGCAGCUAGCAAGACAUAUUGCUCAUUACUUUAUUCGUGACCCUCUCGUCAUAUUCACAGAUUGCAAGGAAAUUGACGAUAACAGCGAAAGCGUUCACUUUGAAAACUUACAAUCUACAAACUGGCAAACCGUUAGAUUUAAGCCACCACCAGGACCAAACUCCUCCAUUGGUUGGAGAGUUGAAUUCAGAGUGAUGGAAGUUCAACUUACAGAUUUUGAAAAUGCUGCAUUCACUGUUUUCAUUGUUCUAUUGACAAGAGCAAUUUUAUCUUUCAAGCUUAAUAUGUUAAUGCCUUUAUCCGAGGUGGAUCUCAACAUGAAAAAAGCUCAUCUUAGAGAUGCAGUGCUUAACCAAAAGUUUAAGUUCAGAGUGUGUUUAGAUUCUGAUCCUAAUAUUAACAUGAGUGAGAAUGAUUUGAAGAAAUGCACCAGAGAGUUGAGCGUUGAUGAAAUUAUGAACGGUGUGAACGAAGAGGACAAGAAAUUUGUUGGGCUCAUUCCUCUCGUAAGAAAAUAUCUCGAUCAAAUGCAUUGUGAAGUGAAAGAUAGAAUUUCUCUUGAGAGAUACCUAAGCUUGGUGAGUUUAAGAGCAAGCGGAAAACUUCAAACCAAUGCUGCAUUUAUCAGAGAAUUUGUUAGAUCUCACCCUCAGUACAGAAAGGAUAGUGUAGUUAGAGAAGAAAUUGUCUACGACUUGAUUGACACAGUUGAGAAGAUUGGCCUGAUGGAAUACACUCCAGAGAAAUUAUUGGGAGGACUUCAUCUUGACGAUGCCAAACAAAUGUAA